CGUGCGGCACCGGAUUACUCCGCGUGUGUGCCUCGCACGUCGCAAGUCUCGUGUGCGUUCGUGCGCCGAAAAUCCGCCGUUAUCAUACCUUCAGACGCGCCUGAUACCGUCCCGUUUUGCUUGAUUCUGUCGAUCGACUCUGACGGGCUCCUCGAGGCGGCUCGAACGCGGUGCACGAGCGGCGGCGUCUCGUAGUUUCCGCGCCUAGAAAGUUCCCUCGAGAGCGUACGUUUUCGCGACGGCGCAAGGAUCGCCGCCGUCCAAUGAGAAGACCGGCCUGGGCUCUGACAAGCGUCGCAGCAGGGAGGUGGAGGAGAUGGGCAGGGAACCGAAUCUCGUACGCAUACGUCGCGUCGCCGCGGUGGAGGUGGAAUCGUGUUGCUCUCUUGAAGGGGUAAGGCUCACUUUUGCGUUACGUCGUACUGCUCCCGCGCGCCAAUUCCAUCGCGAGUGAGACGUCGAGAUGUGAGGACGCCGUGCUGUGUAUGCGUUUACCAUUUUGACCGUGUGCACGCGAGUCCAUCAUCGAGUGAAUACACCUCGUAACACCGUGGAUCUCUUGGAAGAUGCUGGGAGACGAUCCACCGUACCUAUCGGUGGGUACAGAAGUAAGCGCUAAAUACAAGGGUGCCUUCUGCGAAGCUAAAAUCCGUAAGGUGGUGCGAUCGGUAAAGUGUCGUGUGACAUAUAAACAAGGUUUGGGCACUGCUACGGUCGCCGACGACCAAAUAAAAGGGACUUUAAGAGUCGGUGCCUCUGUUGAAGCUAGGCAUGGAGAUCGGAAAGAAUUUGUGGAGGCGACUAUUACCAAAAUCCAAGACUGCAGUCAGUAUACUGUAGUCUUCGACGAUGGCGAUAUCACGACGUUGAGGCGGACCGCGCUCUGUCUUAAAAGUGGACGACACUUUGCCGAGAGUGAAACGUUGGACCAGCUACCGCUCACUCAUCCAGAACACUUUAGCACUCCUGUGAUCGGGGGUAGACGGGGUAGACGAUCAAGGCAAGCGCAAGACGAAAGCAGCGAAGAUGAAGACAGCCCACCGAGGAAUUCGCGCGACUCCGGCUUCAUCGGAGGCUCGAAGGAGGGAAUGGAAACGGAGCCGGAGAUUGGCAGAGUGGUCUGCGUGGAGCUCGGUGACAAGAAGAAGAAGGACAAUUGGUUCCCGGGACUGGUCGUCGCGCCCACCGCCCAAGAUACCGUGAGGAUACGCGUGAGAGACGACUAUCUGGUGCGCUCUUUCAAGGACGCGAGAUAUUAUACAGUACCUAAAAAGGAAGCCACGGAAUUCACGAAGGAACUUGUCAAUAAAGUGGAAAACAGCACCCUGAAGGUCGCGGUCGAGAAAGCGCUUCUGUUCUUGGAGAAAAAUGAAUUGCCACCUCAUUGGGACAGGGAUUCCUUGUUCGGCCACUCAGUUUCCAGCGGGAACAGUGACUCCGACGGAGAGCUCGACUCGGAUAGUUCGGACGAUGAGCCACGCGAGGAGAAGGACCACUUUGUGGCGCAGUUGUACAAAUUUAUGGACGAUCGUGGUACGCCUAUAAACAACUGUCCGAUGAUCGGAUCAGAAGACAUCGAUUUGUAUAGGCUAUUCCGAGCGGUUUACAAACUGGGUGGUUAUAACCGCGUCACAAAUCAGAAUCAAUGGAAGAUCAUAACGCGACGGCUUAGCUUUGCGAUGCAAAACUCACCAUCCACGCAUAACCUCGUGAAACAAGCUUAUAAGAAAUUCCUGCAUUCCUUUGAGGAUUUCUAUCGAAAGUUGGGUUGCACCAUGGUGAAUCACCCGCGAGGUAGCACGCGUAAACAACGACCUGGAAGAAGUCUGAUCCGCGACAAAGACAGAAAUACCCCAAUACCGCCCCAAGUCCCAGCGGUGAAGAAUGACAAGGAAGAAGACGAAAAGAAGGCUGCGGAAGAAGAAAAGAAGGAGAAAAAAGAGGUGAAGAAAGAUCAGGCGAAGGAGGAGGAAGUUGUAAAAAUAAAAAAGAAAGAAGAGCCGGAAAGUAACGCGAGUGGCCAAGAGAGCGAUGUGAAUAUAGAAGCUGAGACCGAGUCGUCGUCAAGCACAGGUGAAAAAUCACAGAAAUCAGCUGCGUCGAUUUCCUCCACGUUAUCCUCUGGCACGAACGCGUCGUCCAGCCGAGCCAAGCCGAAGAGCAAAGAGGAGACCAAGAAGAAGGCAGUCGAGAAGAAGAAGACGGAGAACAAGAAGCAAGAAAAGAAGGACGAAAAGCCGAAGGAAGAAGAAGCCACCAAAACGAGGUCCAAGGCGAAAGACGAUACCGUGAAAAAUAAAGGCACUACCGAGAGCAGGGAGACGCGAACUCCGUCCAAGGAAGCGGAGAGGAAAACAUUGUCUAAACAACGACGUUUGACCGAUGAGGAGUUAAAGAAACGCGGUAGGAAACGUAAGGAAUACGAGACGGAGAAAUUGCGCGCGGACGAACAACUCACGGAGACAGCGCCUAGUUACAAAGGUCCUGUCGACGUCCACGACAGACUGAAAGUCUACUACGGGCCGACGCAUGAGUCCAAAGUUACGUACGAAGCGAAAGUGCUCGAGAUAGAGAAGGAUGGCGCAGAGUUGAUGUAUCUCGUUCAUUAUACCGGCUGGAACACCAGAUACGAUGAGUGGAUCAAGCCGUCCAGGAUCGCCCAAAACUACACACAUGCUCAAGGUAGAGUGAAGCGUACCAAGACACCUCGGCCGCAAACCCCCAGUACGAAUUUGCCGAACAAUAAAUCGGCCAAAGGUGCCUGCAAUUCAACGACCAACGCGUCGCAGAGUCGUCGUCGGGCGCAGAGUGUCGCUCCUAUGUCCACCAGCGCCACGUCCUCCACAUCCAUGAAGGAUGUUAAGAAGGAAGAGAAGGAUAAGGAUAAGGAGACGACACCGCAACCGAUCCGGGCUAGUACGCCGUUGUCAAUUGCCAGUUCCAGUUCCAGAACAAAAAGUCCCGCCACGCCCGCAAACAAUCGGCAAACCAGAACCAGUAGAAAUACAGAGUUGUCGGGCACCAUAGAGCACCGGAGGCGCACCAGACGAAUGUCUGGUCAUACAGACAUAUCUGUCGUGUCGGAGAGCGAGGGUAGCGACGGCUAUGAUUCCGACACCACCGAGCCCGAGCAAACUAAGACCAGACUGAGAGGCACGGAGGAGAGAAAGCGGAAAGAGGCGCGAAACAGAGUGGAAGAGAGAAUAAAGGCGGAAGACGUCAGUGAUGCUGAGGACGAGAAGGACAAUCUGGAAGAGCCACGUAAGGGCAGACGUUUGAGAAGGACACCCGGCAAGUCGCAGGGCAUCAAAUCAGAACCCGACAGCGACGAGGAACAACCUAAGGGUCGAGAUUUCGAUCUCAAUCAGAUACGAUCUGAGUUGAAGGGUUUCGAUAAAGCGGUGAAAAUGGAGUUGGUUAGGAUGGAGCCAGAACCAGAGGACGACGUGAAGAUGGACGAAAAGGAGAAUGCCGCUACUAUCAGUCGAGCGUCGCCCAAAUUGGAAAAACUCGUCGAGACCCCGAAAGUGGAAGCUGUCGUUGAGACAAAAGUCGAGAGCACAGAAGACAUUUACGAGUUUAAGGAGCCGGAACCGUUUGAGUUUGAGGUGAGGAACAAGCGAGACACCAGCGGUGAGAAAGACAAGUUGAAGAAAAAGAUGUUCGAGGACGAGCCUAAAAGUCCAAAGAAGAAGCAGAAAGUCACACCGAUGUCGACGACGCCAGCCAGGGAAGUAAAAACGGAGUCGGACAAUGAAAGCCGGCCGAAGAAACCGAGAAAACUUUUCACCAACAAAAGAUCCGAAGAUGUGAGCGAAGCGGCGCCGGCGCCGGCGACGAUUUCUCAAUCGCUCAGCAAAUCAACCUCUCAGACGACGCCAUCCGUGUGCGAGGACGCGUUUGACAAGCUGUGCGAGUCUCCAUCGUUCAAUCAACAAGUGAAGCCAACGACGGUCGUGGAGGAAUCAACCAAAGCGGCUUCUAGCGGCUUGAAUCUUCUGUUCAGCGACUUGCCGGCGGAGGACGAAGGUACGCGCGAUGACUCGGAGGAUCGUCUAAUCAUAUCGGAAACCGAGGUAUCGGAAGUGGAACAGGAUAACACUUUCUCGUACCAGCAGGAGGCCCCGUUCCAUGGCGCCGAAUUGUCGGAUAUUACGGAGUUGAACAAUAAGAGCGAGACGACCAUCACCAGCGCGGUUGAGUGUGCGAAGGAAGAAACGUCGAUGACGAGCGCGAGCAGUAACAAUAAGUCGAUCGGCAACAACUCCUUAGAUCCGAAACAGUACGUCGUCAAGUUGUCCGCGACCAUGCAGUCACAGUCGGAACUGAGGCUUCUAGACACGAAAUUGCUCGACAUCGCUCCGGUCGCUCCGUUACCGAUCGUGACGCCUCCGGCGCCCAUAAGCGCGAGACUGCCGGCGACGUCCACGAUCGAAGAGAAGUUAUCGGCGGCUGCGAUGGCGUUCCGCAACAAAGCCAAAGAUAACAAAAAGGCGAAUCUGGACGAUGAUGUCGUGGCCGACGUAACGACGCGCAAAGUAAUGAAGGAAGCAUCCAAGAAAUUGGAUAUUACAAUUCUGCAUAGAAUAAAAGAUGAGGAAAUGGACGAACAAGACAAGAAGCGCGAGCAGCAGCAGGAGACCGCGAUGAUGAACGAAGAGGAACAGCGUAGGGAAAUUAUGCGCGUGGCGAUCAAGCAAAAGGAGGAGGAGUUGCAACAACUGAAACUGAAGAAGGAAGCGGAAUUGAAAAAAUUCGUGGAAGCGAAGACAGUCGUCGUUGAUCACAAAACAAAGUUGCAGGAAGUCAACAGAGAUGACAAUUGGAAGAACACGGAGAACGAAGUCGGUAAGCGGUCUGAAGAGGAGUACAAGGCGAUCGAGCAGACAGAGAAGGACAGAAUCGAAACCCGUAAGAAGCAGGUAAACCAGGACAUUUUAGAUUCCACAGACAGCAGCGAUUCGGAACAAAGACUUGUGAUCGACAACGAGGAGCUGCACGAUGUCAAAGUGUCGACGUCCAACUUCGAUGUCAAGUUACGAGCUGAGUUGGAUCGUCUGCAGGACGCACAAGAGAGAUACACGAGGACACAGAUGUCGAAGACCUCGCAAAACAUCCAACAUCAACAACUGCAGCAACAACAGCAGCAAGAAUGUACAGAAGUUAAAGUGUCCGACCUAGCGUCAUCCGUUUCGAAGACUGACGAAGAAGGUGAGACGAUGAAUUCUCUGUUGUGCGAAGAAGAGAUACCCGGUUCACCGGCUCCGCCGGGUUCCGAGAGUAUCGAGCAAGCGAGUGCCGAUCCUGCCUGCAACUCCCCCAAGAAUGAAGUCACUGAGAGUAGCAUAGUGCUGAUGGAGAUGCCAUUCGCAAGUGCGCCCACUUCUGGCCAGAAUACCACGUGCAGCAGCAGUACCGUCGCCACUCUUAGCAUGUCGUUACCGAAAACCGUUGAGGCCACGGUAUCGGUUUCCUUGCCGAUGCAACAGAAUCCAUCCUUGAAUGUGCGACAGCAGCAGCAUCAACAGCAUCAACACCAACAGCAGCAGCAACAGCAACAACAACAGCUUCAACAUCAUCAGCAGCAUCAACAGCAGCAGCAACAGCAGCAUCAGCAGCAUCAGCAACAGCAUCAGCAGCACAUGCCACCGGCAUUAUUGCCGCCACAACGACGAGAGAGUAACGAGGCUGCACCGGUGAUGGACAAUACACCACCGACCACUCCCGAUUCGAGCAUCUCCAAUAUCACCGGCUCGCCAAGGGAGGAGAGAACUGGCGGCUCGUCGCCGACCUCUGAAGACAAUAUCAAGCUGAAUCGCGACAGUUCAGAAGCGGACAACGAUAGCGCCGGCAAAGGGCCGGGUUUCAGCGAAGACGACACGUUGCCCAACUCUGAGAGCAACUCCGCUGAUAGGACGCUCAAACCGCCGGCUAAACGCUCGAUCGGCGACGAUAUACAAUCGUCACCUAAGAAACGCAAGAGAAACCGGAAACACUCCGAGUGCAGCGGCAUAGUGGCACCGAAGAAACCCGUUGGUAGGCAGACUAAUAGCAGACACAGCGGUAGAUACGGUGCAGGCAGUGAUAGUGACGAUACCAGCGAGGGGUCCAACUUGUGCACUGUCAACACCGCUCCGACUGCUCACACCAACAUCACCAGCGUUACCGAUCUGGCCGCUACCUAUUCGUCGAGAUCACCGAGACCGACGAAAUAUAACUUUUACGUGGAACUGGAUCCUGAAUUGGACGCCAGUCAGAGGAUAGCAGUGUUACAGCAGAAAUUAACCGAGCUGCGGAAAACUUAUAACGCAGUAAAAGUCGAGCUAGCCACUAUAGAGCGACGUCGGAAGAAACUACGAAGGCGAGAACGAGAAGCGGUUAAAGCAGCCAAGGCAGAGAUGCAACAGGCUUGCUCGUGAUAGACAGUCCUGAAAGACCAGUUUUUUCCUUGAGCACUAAGUGAAACAUCUUGGGGAUGUUUAAGAUAACUGGAAUAUCAAAGUAGUGUCACAUAGCACGGGCAUCAUGCAAUCACGACGAAAUUCAUGACAAUUUUUACCAAUGUAACAUUGCUUGAUAGAAAAAUAACUACCCCUCCACACUUUCUCCAUUAAUAUAAAUUGUAGAUAUAGUAGUAAGAUUUAGCGUAAGGAGGGUCAUGUUUAUCAAGAUGAGAAAAAGAGAGAAUUAGUGUGUGACAUAUACAUAUAUAUGUAAUUUAUUAUAUAUACACACACACACACACAUUAUUAUAUAUAUACACAUACAUAUAUAUAUAUAUAUAUAUAUAUAUAUAUAUAUAUAUAUUUAUUCUAACAUAUAUAAUGUGUUACAUGUAUAUUCGUAUAAUAUUGUGUUAUUGUACAUUAUUUUGUCAAGAUCUAAUUUACGUUAAAAGUGUUUAUUCUCGACUUCACCUGCUCAGACGCAAAGUACAAAUUAUCUAUCCGAUGAUCGUUUCGUCGUUCGUUUUUGUUUUCAUUACGAAGAAAAAAAAGAAAACGGAAAACCAGAGAAGGCUGAAAAGAGCGUUACCGAUAGUAAGUUAUUGUAAAGACAUCUUGGGAACAAAUAAUUAUCUAAGCUGUCUAUUAUUUCCUUUUCCCCAGAGUAUAAUUACUACCAGUUGCGGUUGAGCUGUUUUCACAAGAGUGUUAAAAAAAAGAUAAAAGGACGUAAGAAACGAAGAAAUACCAGUUAUUUCACGCAGCUAUAUUGCAAAAGAACGUUGCGUGUUUUAUAGUACAUAGAAAGUGAAUGUAAAUAUUUGAACAUACACACAUGCAUAUAUAUGUGUAUACACACACACACACAUAUAUAUAUAUAUAGUGAAAAACAUAUUGGUGCACGACUUGCAUAUGUACGUGUAUAUUAUAGAAGAUUCUCAGUUAAAUAAGGUGAAGUAUAAUUAAACGUUGCAAUGUCAUGUAUUACCGGAGGAUAGCAAACGAAUUACAAUAUUUAUAGUAAACUGUUUGUACGACGGAGAGCAAGUGAAGAAAUGUUUCUAUAUUGAUAUGUGUGUGAAAUAGAGCGGGAUUGCUGACUAAACGAGAAACGGAAGAGGAAAGAGAAAAAGAUAGAAUAGCGAUCGAUCGCUAUUUUAAUUUCCGUGUACAUAAAUUCUUAUACAUAUAUCUCUGUGUCGAGUAAACAGGAGACCAUACUAUACAUAUACAAAAGAUACGAACACACAAUGAUUCAUACAAGCGAAAUUGACACACGCGUAUAUCAAUCCCGACAUCGCUCCCGAUAAGUUCGAUUUUUUUUCUUUUAUUUCCUUCCCUUUGUUCCUCGAUUAUGUGACAAUUUGUCGUGAAUGCAGCUCAACGAGAUACUAUCAGUUUACCGAUUUCGCGCAAUGUUACAUCUCUUGCUACCACUCCGCUCUUUAUAAUGAUUGGAUCACUCAUCGUAUAUCGUAUCGUCACGAUCGGUCGGAGAUGCAUUUAUAUUUGUAUUUCAAUGUCGGAGAAUACUGUACAUUACAAAAUUAGAAAAGACACGAAAAGAAUCGGAACUUAAUCAUAAGAAACACUCGCGGAAAUACGAAUCAAACGCCGUCGAGUUGAGGAUAAAUUUGUAAGAAAAUACGUUGGCCGAGAAAAUGAAAAAGAGAAUGUGAAAAAUUUUAUAUAGAUACAUAAAUAUAUAUCAUAUAUAUAUUUUUUUAUAAAAGGUCAAUCGCGAAUGUGCUUUAUGUGAGAAUGCGAUUACACGUGAGUCCGAAGGGAGAAUGAGAAGAUGUUGGGUUUCUCGACAUUGUACAUAUUUUACAUUGCGUGUGUUUACAGACACAAGUCAGAUUUUAAUGGUUGUUUACUCCGAUGUAGCUGCGCAUUUCGCUGUAUAAUGGUUUCAGAAAUGUUGGAGUAGCAUACGCGCAUAUACUUGUCUUGAGAAGACCAGAGGAUGCAUUUCAAUAUUAAUGCAAAUUAUUAUUCUCGGUAAUUUAUAUCGUAUGGAAAUAAUUGCACGAAGUCGGUAGAGGGGAAAUUAUGUUAAAAGAGCGUUAAUCGAAUGUUGCAGUGACUGUACGACUUUCGUAUGAACAAAACAUUGCAUAUUUUAUCAUCCUAGAGAUCUUGCAAUCUUUUGCCUCAUCAUUGUACACUAUAUAUUAUAUAUUUUGUUAUGUAAUAUAUAUAUAUAAUCUUUUCUGAUAUUGGCAAUAUGUAGAAUUUUAGUUGACGUCGAUUGAGGUUUACUCAUAGACUCACACAGCGCAAUAGUACACCUAUAGUGAUAUUUAUUUGUUAAUUCGCGUGUACAUUAUCUAAACUGAAUGAUCUGUUCAAUUCUAUCUUAAUGUUAAGAAAAUAUGUGCAUUAUUAUAUUUUUUACAAAAGAAUUAUAAUUCGGUAAUUAGAAAAAUUGAUAAAAAUUAUAAAUUAUUAUUAGUUACGUUAUUAAAUUAACGAUUUUUAUUUAUAAUGCAAAAAUAUUUUGCAACAAAUCUUUAUUGAUGAAGUCGUGGCAGUCCUGUAUGGUUCAAAUAAGUCAAACUAUAAACUUAAGAACAGCACGUAUCUGUUACUAUGCGUUUGUCCAAUCAUUAUGGUCGCGUAACAAAUGCAUCCUCAUCUUCUGAAAACAAUUAUGGUCCCUGUAAAUCAUAUGACAUUACAUGUGAAAUAGUACAUAUAAUAAGCACAAGGCAGAUUUGUGUCUCGCCGAACAGUAAUAUUAUUUCACAUAACAUUUAACUGUGUCAGUGGAUAUAGUUAAGAAAUAAAUCUUAUCUUAACGGAAAAAAAGAAACGAUGUCAGCUUACUAGUCGUUGCUCCUCUGUAUUCUCUUUAUUUAUGUAGGUGCCGAGUUUGUUCGAAACGACCACGAAAGGUAGAACCAAAAAACGGAAAUUAUA